ACCUGCAUCUGUUUAUAUAGCUUGUUAAAUAACAUUCUUUCAUACUUCAAUUCUAUAUGGGAUUUCACUGAUACCGAUGAUCAUCUUCAGGUAUUGCAAAUGCUUAAGACUGACUCAAGGAAUGAUCCCGAAAAGAAAUGGCGCCCAACGGGAAAAAGUGUUGAUGAACAAGUUCGACCUUUGGAAAUCAAUAAACUGAAAUGGCAAUUAAAAUAUUAUGAGAAACAAAUUCAAUUUCAAAAACAACAGUUGGAGCGUGCCGUGUCGCAGGUUGAGGUCGGUCGUAAAUUACUGAGCGAUUUGAUGGUACGAAGAGAAUCACUGUUAACUGCCGUAACGAAUGAACUUAAAGAUUUCAAAAGCAUCGAAGCUCAAAUAACGGAUAUUGAUGAGAAAAUUAAUGGAGACUUGCAGCGGUGA